UCCAGCCAGUCAGUCAACAACAAUAAUCAGCUAUUGUCAGGCAAUCGCCGCAAACGAUCGUCCCUGUGAUUCGAUGGGCACUCUCUCCCAAGCACUGCCGCCAUUACCAACUUGGACUCAGGCUGCAGUCAGUAGUGGCGGAAAAGACUUUCGACCAGACUUGGGCCGGGGUGGCCAAACAAUGCUCUGCCGCCGCUGUAAAGUCGCGCAGAAUCUGCUGUCCUGAGCAGUGCCGGUGCUCGAGUGGCGCGUGUGGGCGGUAGCGCCAGGAAUCAGAUGGUUCGCAUCAGAAACGGGGCAUGCAUUACUGACUGGUACCAGGCCAGGCACCGCAGCAGGAGGGAUAGCACUCGUGUCCUUUCCAUCCUGGAAGAUCGUGGAUAGAGUCAUGUGGAAGAAGGAGGAAAACUCGCGGUCCAAAGCGCGGAAAAUCAGCCUCCAUCUCUUGGCUUUUUCGCCCCCCAUCCCCGAGCAUGGAUUUUGAACAAGUGAAAGAUCGUCGAUAUCCUUUGAAAUGACGAAUACAACACAGCCAAAUAAGACCGCCGCUUGGGUUAUCCACUUGAAAUGACCUUUAUUCACUGGCUCUCAUGACCACCUGCAGGGUGCCCAACUUCUGGGGUACCAGGUGCCUGUAUGUCGGCUUGCAUUUCAAUGCGAGCCACGCUUAUGUGCACUGCAUUCGAAGUUGAACACACCAGGCUCUUUCUCUCCAGCGAUGCUACCUAACCAUUGCCUGCCUCAGUAUCUUUGCAUUCGAAAGACACCGGCACUACUACAGGUGUUGUUCAGAGGAUACAAUUUCUGACUCGAAGUGCACUAUUACUGCCACUGCAGUGUGCAUCACUAUAGGUACUGUGCUAGCAGAGUUUGCCGGCGAUUCCGUGCCAACCCCGUGGGCAGUUGCAUGCCGUGCCAGCACCAGGCUGUACAAGGGCGUUUGCUUGUGACUGGAACAUGCAGAGUUCGGCACCAGUCCGAGUCAAAUGCCACUACUCCCGAUAUGCUUUAGCAGAUCUCAUACACUAACCGUGGAAGGCAUUUUUGUCUAUAACGUGUUCCGUUGUGGAACACUUUCUGAAACUUCUUACUGACUUCGUGCCUGCCUUGCUGCAGUGUGUGUACCUCCAUCACCAAGUUCAACAUUGCUCAAUUUCAACGAUCGACUGCAAAAUUGCCUGUGACUGCUUCUCCGUCGCCGGCAACUUGAAAGGCUGCUCUGUUCUCCCAACCCGCCGACUGGUCUGUAUCGGUAGUUCCACCAACCGGAAAGACCUCCAGAGUCAAAUCCCAAUUAUAGGCAAUUAUGGCUCCUGCCAGUGACACUUCGUCUCGAUCUGGUUCCCCACCUGUUCACUACGCCCUAGCAAUCUAUCCUGGCUUCCAGCUCCUCGACCUCGCAGGUCCUCUCGAUAUCCUGAACCAACUGUCUGAACUCAAACUCGCCUCCCAGGACAAUCCCCAACGCCUCGACUUGACCAUCAUCGCCGAGACCCUUGACCCGGUUUCAUGCAAGCCGAUCGCUCCUCCCAAUGCAGACUGGACUUUCGAUCUGCAGGCUGCCGCACCCAAUACAGGCGGCCGCGUCAACACCCAGUUCACCCAGUAUUUGCAGCCCGACUCCACCUUUGACGAUUACCUAACAGCAGUGGAGGGCGGCACGAGGGAGAUAGAUGUUCUCCUAAUACCAGGGGGCGUUGGGUCGCGUUUGACACGGGUCCACCACCACCGUCACAGCGGCAGUGCCGAUUCCAGCACCAGCACCACUCUCAACGUCCAGAGUCUGUACGAUUUCCUCCCCAAGAUUGCGAGGCACAUCGGCACAGCCAUUAUCACUGUCUGCACCGGCUCUGACAUACUGGCAAAAUCGGGGUUACUAGACGGCCGUCGAGCAACAACGAAUAUGAAACGCUUUGACUUUGUCGCUGGGCGGAACCCACACGUGGCGUGGCAGAAGGGAGCAAGGUGGGUCAGAAGUCUGCCGUCAGAAGCAUCAAGCAGGACGGCAGACGGUGAUGCAGCUCGCGCCAGUGCCGUCCAAUGCGAGAUCUGGUCGUCUGCAGGGAUCAGUGCCGGCAUGGACGUGACUCUAGCGUUCAUCGAGCAUUUCUACGGCGGGAAGGAGGUGGCGAGAGGUCUGGCAGAGGCUUUGGAAUACGACUGGCGCGAAAUCAGUGAGGGAGAGAGGGAUCCCCUGUACGAAAAAUUCUUUGCCCUCUGAUUGCGGCUACGAGCGUGCUAAAAUGGUUGGCUUGAAAGUCCUACCGUUCAAUGUGUCAAUGUGUGAGUUGAGGCUUCAGUUGUGUCCCUGCAUUGCCGGAGGGAGUGAUGCCAUUUUGGCUUCUGGAAACCCACAGCCACGCACCCAGAGGGUUGUGCCGCGGACAAAAAUACCCUCAAAGUCUAUUUUUUCUUUUCCUGGAAGAGGACACAUUACAGAUUGAAAACUGAGCUUGUCCGUCGAGCGUGAUCUGAAUGCAGAUACGUCACACGACCUUCUGCUUGGUACCAAGCAACAGACACGCGCCCUGUUACGCGACACAAACUACCACGGUUUAUGUGACACGUCUCAGAGAAUGUCGGGGCAACAGAAAGCGGCUCUGCUCGCCCGACUUCCCCGAUGCUGGGAUACCUUGCUAAUUCAAAACGCGUUCCACUGGCAGUAGAGGAUUGGGUCUGGAUAUUGCUGCCUACCUGCUUGCCUGCAGCAAAUACAAGCUGAUCGUCACUGCCAGUGUCACAGUUAUUCAGUUGUUUCUGUAUCUAGACUUGUCUAACAUCCAAUCAACCCUGUCGACGGCGAACGGACCACCACAGUCCUUUCUCGUUAGUUGGCCGAUGAUCACUGCAGUAAAUGAGUCCCUGUAUCACACGAAUGCCGAUUCUGUCUCCAG